AAUCAAAUUAAAUGAAGGCAUAUCUACCUCCCUUUUCAACUAAGACAGAAACAAAGAAAUGAUUUGGAUCUUGAAGAUCUUUGGCAAUAGCAGCAUCCAAUGAAGAAAUCACCUUCAAGCAGCAUCAAUAAAAGUUUGCAUAAUCAAUAUAGCCAAAGAAAAGAGAAUGAUCGUUCUUUCUUGAAAUCUUUCAAGUCUGCUUUCAGAGCUGUUUUUGCAUUGUUCCUCUCCGGAAGCAAAAGAAAAACACCCUCAAAAGUUGAUGAAAGAAACAACAUAUCAAAAGUCAGAGGAGUAUCAUCUUCAAUUGACUCAUCCAAAAGUUCAUCAAAAUGGAAAUUUUCUAACUCCUAUGCAUCAUCAUCUAGAACUGCAAGUGGGCAACUUGAGAUUGGAAACUUCACCUUUGAAGAAAUCUACAAGUCAACGUCAAGAUUCUCCUCGGAGAAUCAGAUAGGAGAAGGUGGAUUUGGAACAGUUUACAAAGGUAAGCUUAACGACGGAACUCUUGUUGCCGUGAAGCGCGCCAAGAAGGACGGACCGAAACACUUGUACGAGUUCAAGAAUGAAAUAUACACCUUGUCAAAGAUUGAGCAUCGGAAUCUUGUGAGGCUAUAUGGAUAUUUGGAGCUUGGAGAAGAGAAGAUUAUUGUUGUUGAGUAUGUUAGUAAUGGGACCCUUCGCGAUCAUCUAGAUGGUACUCAAGGGGAUGGACUAGAAAUUGCUGAGCGUCUAGACGUAGCAAUUGAUGUGGCUCACGCAAUCACUUACCUUCACAUGUACACAGAUAAUCCAAUUAUUCAUAGAGACAUAAAAGCAUCAAACAUUCUAAUCACAGAGAACUUAAGGGCCAAAGUGGCAGACUUUGGUUUUGCACGCUUGUCUGAUGACCCUUCAGCAACUCAUAUUUCAACUCAAGUUAAAGGAACUGCUGGCUACAUGGAUCCUGAGUACCUGAGAACAUACCAACUCACUGAUAAGAGCGACGUUUAUUCGUUCGGCGUUUUGCUCGUCGAAAUGAUGACAGGACGGCAUCCCAUCGAGCCCAACAGACCCCUCCAAGAGAGAGUCACAAUCAGAUGGGCAAUGAAGAUGCUGAAACAAGGGGAUGCUGUGUUUGCAAUGGACCCAAGAAUGCGAAGAAGCCCGGCCUCUAACAAGGCAGUGAAGAAGGUUCUAAAACUAGCCUUCCAAUGCCUUGCACCGUCGCGGGAAUUGCGGCCAUCAAUGAAGAGUUGUGCAGAGGUUCUAUGGGGAAUCAGGAAAAGCUUUAGAGAUGAAGCCACUUCUAAUGUUCCUCCUCUUCCUUCUCACCAAUCUGAAAAUUUUCCUCAAAGAGGAAAGAAUUUGCAAACGGUAUUUGGUAUUGAGGAUGAUGAGAGCAAUAAAUUUGCUUCUGCACCUAACCAAAUUCAUUCAUAAGAUUUGUUCAUUGAUUGUUAAAUAUAUUUCCACACUUUGUUAUGGUGG